UCGAGCGUCACCUAUUCUCGAGUUACUUCCCAUUUCGCGCUGAAAGUGAGGCUAUGACGCGUUUUGACAUUAGGAAACCCCACUUCCGUUGUAAACAAACGCUACUUUUGCACUCUAAAGAAAAUGAGCAGCCUGCUGCGUAUCAAGCUUCAGCCUACUUCUAAAAAAGCUGUCUUACGUCAGUAUUCUCCCACCAGCAUGACUAAUGCAUAUAACCUGGUGAAGGACAGGGGUGUCUCUGUAUACAUGGCUGCUAAAUUACAUGGUGUCCCAACUUCAACCUUGCGUGAUAGAGUUGACAAUAGAGUCUCUAUUGAAACUGUUAAGUCUGGACCAGAGCCAGUGUUAACCUUAGAGGAAGAAGCCAAACUUUGUGCUCAUCUGAAGGAGUUAGCAGAGGUAGGUUAUGGAUAUACCCGUGCUGAAACAAUAGCAUUAGCCUCUGACUAUACAGUUGCACUUGGAAAAAGAAAUGUUGACAAUCCCUUCAGCAUGAAAUGGUUUUAUGGUUUCAUGAAGAGGUGGCCGGAGCUGAAUGUAGUUCGUCCGUCUAGUUUGUCAGAGCAACGUGCAAAGUGUGACAGUGAUACAUGUAUUUACAAUUAUUUCUGUGAACUUAACAGAAUAGUCAGCAAGUAUGCCCUAAGUGAUAAACCACAGAAUAUCUAUAACAUUGACGAAAAGGGUAUCAAUACGGAAUUUAAACCACCUAAUGUAGUUGCAGGUAAAGCAUCCAAGCAACAAACUAUCAUGGCUGAACGUUCAAAAACUGUGACUGUCAUUGGUGGAGGAAAUGCUUUGGGCCAGAGUAUUCCACCAUUUUUUGUCUUUCCAGGGGAAAGACUUGUAGAUGGUCUUAUGGACGGUAAAACUCCAGGCGCUGAUGGUGUUAUGACCAAAACAGGCUGGUCAAAUACUGAUGUGUUUAGAAAAUAUCUUAAAGAUCACUUUGUUAAGUUUGUUCAGGGUAGAGAUAUGUCUGAUACUAGUCUUGUUCUUUAUGACGGUCACAGAAGCCAUCUGUCUGUUGAUCUGAUUGAAUGGGCCCAAGAUAAUAACAUUGUUCUGUUUGUUUUGCCACCACACACAUCCCAUGUCCUUCAGCCAAUGGAUAUUGGUUGUUUCGGACCUCUUCAACUGAAGUACAGUCAAGAGUGUACCACUUUUGCACGUCUUAACCACAGGGUCGUAACCAGGUAUGAUGUGUGUGGUCUUGCAUGCAAAGCCUAUGCAGCCGCUUUGAACACCAUUAACCUACAGUCUGCAUUUAAAAAAGCAGGUAUCUUCCCCCUGUUGGAUGGUAAGACCAUGUGUGAGUCUCUGGGUACUAAAACAAAACCUUCAAUGCUUUAUAGUUGUACAAAAAAUGAUAAGGAUAUAGCUUUACCAAACAAUGAGCAUAAUGAAACUUCAGUUAAUGACACGAAUGGUGGUAAGGAUGAAGCAUUGCAGGUACCUGAACAGUUUUUUAGUAAACGUAAAGGUGUUGUAGUUCAGAAGGUAACUAACAAAAGAAGAAAUGUUAACAAUAUUGUUGGUGGAAAGGCACUUGAAGGUGACACUGUUGAAAAACUAAGGAAGUACCACCAAGAAUCUGAAAAGCAAAAACCCCAUGAAUGUAAAUCUGUAAAGUCAAAACAAUCUGUAAAACAAAAGAAGGUUUCAAAAAAGUUGAGCAAACCUUUCACUGAUUUCUCACAGACUGCAUGCAAACCACUUCCAGGACCAUCACAUAUAAAUUUAGCCUGUGAUAGCAGUUCUGUUGCAAGUAACUGUCAGACUGACUCAUCUGAUGAAUCUGAG